CGCUCUUCCCACAGUCAUAUCCACCACCAAAAUGCGAAACCUGUCUCUCCUCCGAACGUCCCACAUCCCGCUGCCGGAAGGCUUGCCCUCAUCAAGCUCCAUCGCUGCAGUAACUCUCGACUUGGACGAAGACGUGACGUACGUCGCGGUCGAACGGCAGACACCGGAUGCGGACGUCGAGGUUGAGGUCUGGAAAGUGGGCGGCGCGGCGAAGUGGGAGAGCGAGCUGCUUGGGGACAUGACUCUCGUUACCACUGCGAGGUUUCAGAGCUACCUGGCCUCGAACCCGUGGUCGACGUCGACAAAGCCGUCGGAAGUUGUCUCUUUCAAGUUGCUGCCGGACACAAGGACGCUCGUCCUUAUCAUGAGGGGAGGAGACAUCGCGACUGGGCUUCCGGACGAGGAUAUGUCUGUGAUGGACGCUGUAGGAAACGUCGAAGCCGGAAUCCAAGCUGCAUCCUGGAGCCCCGACGACUCCCUCCUCGUUCUCGCCACCGGGGACAGCAAACUCAUCCUGAUGACCAGCAGCACCUUCGACGUCGUGUCCGAGGGCGCGCUCGAGCGCACAGACUUUGGCGACGACAGCCCCAUCAACGUCGGCUGGGGCUCGAAGCAAACGCAGUUCCACGGCUCGCUCGGCAAGGCCGCCGCCGCCGCGCCGGCCGCAGCGCCUGCCCUGGUGGGCAGCAGCCCGGACGACGACGCGCUCCCGCGCAUCAGCUGGCGCGGCGACGGUGCGUGCUUCGCCGUGUCGUCGCUCGCCCCGUCCGCGCCGACGACGACGGACGGCGAUCCGGGCGCGGGCGCGGGCACGCGAAGGCGCGUCCUCCGCGUGUACUCGCACGCGGGCGUGCUGCAGAGCACGUCCGAGCCCACCCCGGGCCUCGAACACGCGCUCGCGUGGCGGCCCGCGGGCAACUGGAUCGUCGGCACGCAGCGGUACGGCUUCCCCGGCGGCGGGCAGGGCCGCGAGGGCCGACACGACGUGGUCGUGUUCGAGCGGAACGGCCUGAGGAGAGGCGAGUUUGGGAUUUCGGCUGUUUCUGCGCCGCGGACGAAGAGCGAGGGCGGCGAGAGGAGGUGGGGUUACAAGGUGCGGGAGGUUGGGUGGAGUGCGGACUCGAAUGUUUUGUCUGUUUGGGUGGAGAAGGACGAAGGUGAUGUUGUGCAGCUCUGGACUACUGGAAAUUACCACUGGUACCUGAAGCAUGAGGUCGUUGCCUCCUCUUUGGAUGGCAGGCCAGGACGCUUCAGCUCAAUGUUGUGGCAUCCGGAAGACUCAUCCAGAAUCAUCUUGACGACAGCUUCAGAGAUCAUCCAGCGGAGUUAUCUUUGGGACACCUGCGCCUCCCGCAGUCGGCCACCGAACGACUCUGGCUCGGUAGCUGUUUUAGACGGAACGCAAAUUCUGCUCACGCCUUUCCGCACCCAGAACGUCCCGCCACCCAUGUCUUCCUUCCAACUCCCGCUUGCCGCAACCCCCACCGACGUGCCUAGCCUCCGGCCGCGCUUGCCUGUGCAUGUCUCGUUCUCACCGGACAAAGAUGUUCUGACCCAGCUUUGGGAGACUGGCCACGUUGAAGUCACGGAUCUGCGAACGCGCCUCAGCCCUGGCAGGGGCAAGAUCAUGGACCCAGUUCCCGUAUGGAAGGGGGCUAUUGGGGACGAGGCGCAUGCGUAUCGCCAAACCUUGGUGCUCAAGACUGCCGGCAGUGAUGACGGAACUGUCAGGGUCAUAUUGCUGGGAUCGGGCAAGAGCGUGGAUGCGAAGGACACCGUCGUUAUCGCCUCAGUCGGCAGCGGCAGCAUUACUGAGCGCGUACAGGUUGAAAUGCCGUACAGGAAUGGUAGGCUUGUACCGUCCUACGAGCAAAUAAUGUGGCAGUCUCCCGAGGGCGGAAUCUUAGCCGUGGAUGUCUCCGCGGAACUGUCUUCGCCCGCGUCCUCCUUCCCUGAGUUCUGUGCUUUCUCUGAGCACCUUGUCGUACCCACCUCUGAGUCGCCCACUUCGCUCUUCCUCGGCUUAUCGUCCUCCAGCAAGCUAUACGCUUCCAACGAGCUGGACGCACGCCACCUCCUCGCGUCCAACGCCACCUCGUUCACCGUUGCCUCUGGCUUCCUCGUGUACACCACUACUGCGCAUGUAUCGCACUAUGUGCCCUUAGCUACUCUCUCUGCCCUGCUCCAAAAACUUAACGCAGGCGAGAGCGUGAAGGAGGAAGACACAAGGUGGGAGACGCGCCGGGUCGAGAGAGGAUCGAGGAUCGUCACGGCUGUGCCGAGCACGAUGAGCCUUGUCCUACAGAUGCCGAGAGGAAACCUCGAGACGAUUAACCCUAGGCCGCUGGUUAUGGAGAUUGUCAAGCAGGACAUCGACAAUAUGGAUUAUGCGAAGGCGUUCGCGUCAUGCCGAAGACACCGCAUUGAUCUGAAUGUUCUGGUCAGCCAUAAACGCGACGAGUUCAUGCGGAAUAUUCCGGUUUUCGUGGACCAGGUGAAGGACGUCGACCAUAUCAACUUGUUCCUCACUAGUCUUGGCCAGGGCAUCCUGCCAGAUGACAUUGUCAACGAAGUAUGCGAUGGUGUUCGUAAAGAGCUGGAGAAGAAGAGCUUGAGCACCUACGUCAACUCCAUCCUUACCGCACAUGUCAUGAAAAGGCCCUCUGACCACGAGGCUGGCCUGGCAGAACUCCUGAAGCUGAGAGAGACCCAGCCGGACCUUGUCGAAGAUGCGGUCAAGUACAUCAUCUUCCUCGUCGACGCCAACAGCCUCUUCGACACCGCGCUGGGCAUGUACGACUUUUCGCUUGUGCUCAUGAUCGCACAGCACGCGCAGAAGGACCCGCGCGAGUACCUCCCCUUCCUGCGGGAGCUCCGUGCGCUGGACAAGUUCUACCAGCGGUUCCGGAUCGACGACUAUCUCAGGCGACACGCAACGGCUCUCCGGAACCUGAGUCUAGCGGGCGAGGAGCGCUUCGAGGAGGCGCUAGCGUAUGUGGACAGGCACCAGCUUUAUGAGGCCGCGCUGGACAUUUGGAGGGAUACCGAUAAGUAUCAGACUGCUUUGGGCAUAUAUGGUGACUGGUUGCACGAGCGGCGAGAGUUUGCGGAAGCUGCCUUUGUGUUUCGACAAGCUCAAAAACUCUCAAAAGCCAUGCUUUCGUAUGAGAAGGCGCUACUGUGGCAAGAGCUCUUUGACGUUGCGCUACAGCGGAACACCUCAGCCGAGGAUCUCAGUACAUUAGCAUAUCGAGUUGCUGAGGACCUGGGAUCGAAGAAGCGGUAUCAAGAAGCAGCUCGUGUGCUCCUGGAUUAUACCAAAGACGUACGAGAGGCCGUCAUCGCACUCGUGCAGGGUAAUCAGUUCUCCGAGGCGCGACGAGUGGCCACCCUUCAUUCGAAAUCAGAGCUCCUUGAAAAUGUCGUCUACCCAGGCGCGCUUGAGACUCGUGUGCAGAUCGCCGAGGACCUCAGUGAGAUGCGGGACCAGCUCCGCAAGCAGUUCAACAGGAUAAAAGAGCUGCGGGUAAAGAAGGUCGAGGAGCCAGAGGCUUUCUAUGGUACUCAGGACGACAAUGCGGACCUACACAAUGUAGAUGUCAUGACGGACGUCUCUAUGGCACCAACGGCGUUCACCCGGUACACUGUCGCCGCGUCGGCGAUAUCGAAGACAUCUUCGAAACGCUCUUCACGGUCGAAACGUAAGAUGGAGCGCAAGGUUGGCUCUGGUCGGAAGGGCACCGUGGACGAGGAGGAGUAUCUGCUGCGUUCAGUCUCGAAAUUGGUCGGCAGAUGGGAGAGUGUUAGAACCGACGCAACUCAUCUCCUCCCGCACCUCUUUCAAUUUCCGACAUCAGCACACCGUGAUGAGGGUUUCUCGCUGCAAAGAGAGUUGGCCGACUUUGAGACGGAGCUGCGGGCAUCCAUCGACGAGAUUUGGACGAAGACAUCGGCGACCCAGCUGCCAGGCGAGGGAGACGCAGCGUCUGUCCUCCGGGGUUCACCUGUGAUGGGCGGCCUCGAGGCUAUUCAAGAGGGCUGGGCGAAGCGGAUGCGCGGGUACGAGAUGAACGCACAUCUCGAUCCGCUCGACAAGGUCUUCAAACCGGAGAUAGGCAAGGUCGAGUGGAAGGAUAAGUUGGCACAGGUCUGAGUGAGGUGUUCUUCUGGCUUGGGCUGUGUACAUCGUGUCUAUUUUUUGUAGCCAUAAUUGUACGAAUUACAGACAAAGCGUAAAAAAUCGUUGU